UUGGCCUGCGAGAGAGGCCAGCGGCAGGAUUCUUCAGCCUGGGACAAGCCAUUUAACGUGACUCUUCUGGUGCCCCCCUCACUGCUUUUAUAUCUGAAUGACACAAGUGCUCAGGCUUAUCACGGGUGGUAUUCCCUUCGCUACCAACGGAGGCCUUCACAGCGUGCUGACCAGAAUGGUGGUCUGUCUGUCUGCUCCAAGGGAGAAGGGUCGGCAGAGGGUGUAAGAUCUUCCCAUCACCGGAGAGGUCGGGAAACUGUCAGCUUGGCAUUGAACAAGCCUCUGGUUCCAGCUUCUUUGAAUCUGAGUGAGUACUUUAAACAGUUUCUUUUUCCCCAACACGAGUGCGAGCUCCAUGACUUCAGGCUUAGCUUCAGCCAGCUGAAGUGGGACAACUGGAUCGUGGCCCCGCACAGAUACAACACUCGAUACUGCAAAAGGGAGUGUCCCAGGGCAGUUGGAUAUCGGUAUGGCUCACCAGUUCACACCAUGGUGCAAAACAUCAUCCAUGAGAAGCUCGACUCCUCAGUGCCAAGACCGUCAUGUGUUCCUGCUAAAUACAACCCUCUCAGUGUUCUGACCAUUGAGCCAGAUGGCUCAAUCGCUUACAAAGAAUAUGAAGACAUGAUAGCCACUCAGUGCACCUGUCGUUAACAUACGGUUCUGUAAGCUAAAACCUUGAGCCUCUUCUGCAAAGGACACACUGUGUGCCUCUCUGUGCCUUCGAGGGAGAGCGCUGUGUCAAAUGGCUAUAACCCGCUCUGUGAGGUGUAAGGCUGUUGUGAGCACAUCCUGGGGCCUCCAUCAGUGUACAGUAGUAACAUCUGCCUUUAUUUUCAAAUGUAAAAGAACUUUCUUUGGAGGGCUUUAAAUUUUUGUUCCUGAGCGAUUUUUUUUCCUUUGCAUUGGAGUCUUGU